ACACACGCUCACGUCCCGAACCUCGAAGUCUUGUCGCCGAUAAAGAAUCGCCGACAUGAAGUUCUUGGUUGUCUUGUCCGCCGUUGUGGCCGUCGCCCUGGCCAAGCCCGGAGUGCUGGGAGUGUCUCCUUACGGCGUCGCGCCCUACGGCAUUUCGCCCUACGGCAUCUCUCCCUACGGCCUGGGCUACGCCGGCCACCUGGGCUACUCCGCCCUGGGCUACGCCGGCCUCGCCGCCCCCGCCCCGGUCGCCUACGCCGCCGCCCCCGCCGCCUACGCCGCCGGAGUGCGCACCCAGUACCACGCCCAGGACGAGCUCGGCCAGGCCGCCUACGGCCACUCGGAGCCCUUCCAGACGCACAACGCCGUGCAGGACGUGUACGGCAACAAGAUCGGCAGCUACAGCUACGUGGCGCCCGACGGCCAGGUGGUGAAGGCCGACUACGUGGCCGACGGAGCCGGCUACCGCGUGGCCAGCAACGCUCUGCCCGUCGGCCCCACGACGCUGCCCGUGGGCCCCGCCCCCGUGCAGGACACCCCCGAGGUGGUGGCGGCCCGCGCCGCCCACCUGGCCGAGCUGGAGGCGGCCAAGCACCGCUCCAAGAGGGGCAUCGCCGUGGGCCACACGCCCGCCAGCACCGCGCUGGCCGCGCCCCUCGCGCCCGUCGUGGCGCCCGCCCUCGCCUACUCCGCCGCCGCCGCUCUGCCCUACACCACCGCCGCCGCUCUGCCCUACACCGCCGCUCUGCCCUACGGCGCAGCUCUGCCCUACGGCGCAGCUCUGCCCUACGGUGCGGGCCUGCACUACGGCGCCGCUCUGCCCUACGCCGCUGGUAUCCCCUACGGCGCCCCCGCCGUGCGAGCCGCCACCCUCACCACCGUGGUCAACAACCCCGGCCACGCCGUCUCCUACAGAGUCGACUGAACCUCAGCGAUCCCCUGAAAACUCCCACCCAAACAAGUUCACCAAUCCCUGAUUCCCUCCUCCCUUACGACUGAUGUGUGAGCUCAAUGUGUCAUGUGGAAUUUUGUACAUAAAAUAUAUUAUUUUAGUGUAAAGUAAUAAAUUUCUUUGUACAAUAAAGUGCCUUCUUAUUAUGAAUGACAA